AUGGCUGUUUAUUCGCGUAUAGAAGUCGAUUCUGCGAAGGCGGUGAUGAAACCCGGAGGCGGGACACGAUGUGCACACAAGACUGAACGGGUAACGCCAAGGCCAUCAUGCGCUCACUACGGUCCCGUCUCUUCAACUUGCGUCAUUAUUUCCGGUCUUUCUGGUGUUGACAUGCUACUGAUUAGUCUAAAUGCGUCUGCGGGCUGCUUUCUUGUCUCCCCUGAUGCUACAAGCCAAUGCAUACACACUACGACACGACGCCCACACGCCGACACCUUUACACCCAGUAUGUCUCACUCAAUUAUUUAUCUGCAAGGUGACGUUCAACCCGCUUGCCCAGAAAACGCCAUGGACAGCCUAGUGCAGAACUGGCAGGUCGAAAGUACAUUUUCCUGGUACGCCUCAUGGGACGGAUCUUGCGCACGUUUAUCCGACUAUCUCGUCACUAUCCUCCGUGUCCCCUCACGCAUGUUUGCCACUCAUGAAUUCGAGUUGGCGUGCGGAAAGGCUGAAGGCCAGCGUAUAAAUAGCCGACCAUGUCGCUGGAUUCACGGUUUUCUCAAUUCUUACUUCAGAAUUCCCUCUAUCUUUGUGGACAUUAUGAGGUUCGUCUUCGGUUUGGCGUGGAUCUCACUCGCCGCGUGUGCGACCAUUCGUAGCCCACCGGCCACAUCUUAUGAUGGCUACCAGGUUCACCGCAUUAGGACCAUUGGAAAACUGGCUUCAGUAAAGCGAGCACUUGCAACCGUUGCUCAUGAUACUUGGGAGCAGAGUGCUGGUCAUUGGGAUGUGCUGAUCUCCCGUGACGACGUUGCUGCUUUCAAUGCCCUGGGACUUGACUCUCGCGCAUUGCAUGUUAAUCUGGGUGAAUCGAUGGAGAAAGAGGUUCAAGUCAAGAGAUCUUGGAAGAGGCAGACGAAUGGUAGUGAUGAUGCUUGGUUUGACAGCUAUCACCCGUACGACGACCAUGUAGAAUGGUGGCGUGAGCUGCAAGCAUCGUUCCCUGAUAAUUCCAACUGGACCACGACUGGCACUUCUUUUGAAGGUCGAGACCUUUUUGGAGUCCAUCUUUGGGGUGCAGACGGACCUGGAAAGCCAGCUGUGCUUUAUCAUGGUACAGUGCAUGCUCGCGAGUGGAUUUCGGCUCCGACCGUCGAGUACAUAACUCAACAGCUCAUCAAAGGGUAUCAGUCUGGAGACAAUAUCACCCAAAGUUUCUUGAACAAAUAUGACUUCUACAUAUUCCCAUUUGUCAAUCCUGAUGGCUUCGUGUUUACCCAGACAAAUGACCGUCUCUGGCGGAAGAAUCGCCAGCCUCCACCUGCCAACGCCGCGAAUCAGACCUGUUUCGGACGGGAUAUCAACCGCAACUGGGAAACAAACUGGGACUCUGAUCCACGUGGAGCUUCACCUGACCCAUGCUCCCAGACCUACCGUGGAGAAGCGCCCCGCGACUCACCUGAAAACCGGGGCCUCGACGACACUGUGCGCAGGCUCCGUGAUACUCAGGGUAUCAAGCUAUAUAUCGACUGGCAUUCUUAUUCGCAACUCUUGCUUUUCCCAUAUGGGGACCGGGAGAACCUUUAUGCUCCUGAAUUGGGCAAGUGGACUAGAACUGCCGCGUUGGUGAGCGAGGAGAUUCGCGCCCAGUCCAAGAACGCGACGACAUAUACCUUUGGUCCAUCAGGCGCCACGCUUUAUCCUACGACUGGUACAUCCGUGGAUCACAUCUACACCACUGGUCGUGCUGAGUUCUCCUUCACAAUCGAGCUCCCUGACUAUGGUGACUUUGGCUUCGUCUUGCCACCGGAGAGGAUAAGGCCUGCAGUUGAGGAGCAGUGGGUCGGCCAACAAGUUAUGCUCGGUCUUUUAGACGAGGAAUUCUUUGACGGAGAGGGGCCAGCUAUUCUCACUACUUAG